GAACGGAACACGCUACCUCGCAUCUUCCAUGCGUUUGUAGCCUAUCAACAAUUUCGGAUUGAGAAGAGGCGGAUUAUGAAAAUCGGUGAAGCCGCGACGCUCGGGAUUCGCCUGAGAUCUACGCUGAAGCGAGUGCGAAGGAUGGCGCUCCAGUACCAAGUGUCGCAGCAAGCUUACGGUAAAGCCGACGCCCAUCUCAUCGAUCGCAGACAGAGGAUCGGCCUCACGGAAUUGUGGGAUUGCCGCUACUGGCGCAAGCACUGCCGACGGGCGUUGGUAAAGGGUAAAGCGGUUUAUGAUGCGAAGUGGGACGCCUUUGUGCGGGAGCAGUGGUCUAUCCUCGUA